GAUUAUUAUUAUACAAACACACACAUUCCCUCUGAAAAAGAAAGAACAAACCCUAAGUUCUGCGAUUCGAUUCUUCUUCCCUGUGAUUAGAGAGAUCAUGGAAGGAACAACGACGAUUGACCAGACGUAUGAGUUUUUGGCGCCGCGAUGGUUUGAUUUCGUUAACGGAGAGACGGAAGACGAGGCUCGCCGAGCAGAGCUCUGGUUCGAAUCCGCUUUAAGCUGUGCUCCUUCUCCAUCGGUUCCUAGAAUCAAAGCAAGGAGAUCAUUCAAGGUAGAGGCAAUGUGCAACUUCAAUGAAGAAGAAGAGGCCAAGAAAGAGGAUGUUAGUCCAAUUAAGCCAUCUCACAGCAGCAGCUCCAAGGACUCAGAUGCAAGCGACAAGGAGCACAUUCCUCCUCAAGCCUGCACACCAAAACCACUAGGAGGAGACUCAGUUUCCCUUAAGAAGCAUCAAACUGCUAGAAAGAUAGCUUGCCUGCUGAGGAAUCCAUCUGCGCUUAGGCCCAAAGGAAGUCAUCAGAAAAGUGUGCUGAUGAUUAGGGAAACGAGUGUUAAGAAGAACAUAGCUGCUGCUGCUGCCACUACCAAUUUGAUUCAGGAUAAUCAAGCCAUCAAAAGGCAAAAGCUAGACGAUGGAAGAUCUAGACAGAUUCUCAAUCCAAAACCAACGACUCUGCUUCAUAAGACAAGACAAGGAGGUCUCGUUAACACCGGUUUCAACGUAUGUCCUGAAGUCACUAAGCAAACUCAGAAGGAGAACAGAAAGGUUUAUGUCCGUGAGAUAGUUAAACCUUUCAUUUCAACUGCUGAGUUGAUGAAGAAGUUCCAAACGAGCACUCAUGUCAAGGCUUCUCUUCCACAGAACCGAACUAAUAAGUUGACGCUGACAAGACCUAAGGAGCCAGAGUUUGUGACAUCUCAACGUGCACGUCCUUUAAGAGUGAAGAGCAGUGCAGAGCUCGAGGAAGAGAUGUUGGCAAAGAUUCCCAAGUUUAAAGCUCGUCCUGUCAACAAGAAGAUUUUGGCAGCUCCAGCUCUGCCUGCGCCACAAAGAAGCACACCACAUCUACCAGAGUUUCAGGAGUUUCAUCUUGAGACAAUGGCUAGGGCGAACCAACAUGCAGAGACAUCUUCAAUAGCUUCAACACAAGUGUCUAAGCAGCAUAAUGAUUGGAAGCCUCACCUUACUGCACCAAAGCCCCCUGUACUCCAAACAAUGCUAAGAGCUCGUCCUACUAAAGCAAAAACUACUGCAGAACUUGAGCAAGAGGAACUCGACAAGGCACCAAAGUUCAAAGCAAAACCUUUGAACAAAAAGAUAUUUGAAAGCAAAGGAGAGAUGGGCAUAUUUUGUAACACCAAGAAGCACAUAACCAUACCUCAAGAGUUCCACUUUGCUACAGAUGAGAGGAUAUCCAAACCAAACUCUGUCUUAGAUGCAUUUGACAAGCUCUCAUUGACCUCUGAAUCUUGCCAUGAAAAGCCUCUACCAAGGAUCACUGCUCCAAACCCCUUCAAUCUAAGGACAGAAGAACGAGGCGCUGAGAAAGAGAAGAAGUUUGUAAUGGAAGUCACAGAGAAACUGAUAGGAGAUGAGAGGGCAAGAGUUCCAAAAGCAACCCCAUAUCCUUACACAACCGACUAUCCCGUGGUACCACCAAAACCAGAACCUAAGCAAUGCACAAAGCCAGACCCGUUCCAGUUAGAGAGUCUUGUGAGGCACGAAGAUGAAAUGAGAAGAGAAAUGGAAGAGAGGAUGAGAAUGGAGAGAGAAGAAGCUCAGAAGAGGCUCUUCAAAGCACAACCAGUUAUAAAAGAGGAUCCAAUCCCGGUUCCAGAGAAAGUACGUAAGCCACUCACAGAGAUUCAGGCGUUCGAUCUCCAUGUAGAGCAUCGAGCUGUUGGGAGAGCAGACUUUGAUCAGAAAGUCAAAGAGAAGGAGAAUCAGUACAAGAGAUACCGUGAAGAGAGUGAAGCUGCCAAAAUGGUGGAGGAAGAGAGGUAUCUGAAGCAAAUGAGAAAGACGAUGGUUCCUCAUGCCAGACCUGUGCCUAACUUCAACAAACCCUUCGUGCCUCAAAAGUCCAACAAGGAGACAACCAAACCAAAAUCUCCCAAGCUUAGAGUGAUCAAAAGAACCGAGAGAAGAAAGAUGACGGCUCGUCCAGUGUCUGCAGCUACCAGUGCUUCAGCUGGUCAGAUGAGAUAGUUUGUAGAUGAUGACGACGUGUUCAUGAAUGAUUGAACCUGUUCCCUUUGUACAUUUUGAUCUAUUCAGUACUAAAUUUUCCUUUGUAAUCUGUUCUUACUAACUAAUAUUGUAGAAGUAAGUAACUCUUCCUCUUAUGUAUCCUGAUUCAAAAUUAUUUUAACUUGAAAAAGAUUUAUCUUAAUG